AUGCUGUGCCUCGUAGCCGCUUUCGAAAUCCAGGCCCAAGUGGUGAUCCCCGUUUUGAGAAGUAUCGCGGACGAGGGAGGGCAUGGGAUUACAGAUAAAUCUGGAUAUUACGUGGGUACCAUCCUCUACCUCACCUACACUUUUAUGAAUUUCCUAAUACCGCCAGUCAUUGCUAAAAUUGGCCCAAAGUGGGCAAUGGUUGCCGGGAUGCUGUGCUACGUUAUCUAUAUGCUGGGCUUUUUGCACGUCGAGGGCUGGCUACUGUACUCGCUAUCGGCUCUUUUGGGUCUAGGAGCAGCUUUACUCUGGACGAGCUGCGGCGUCAACUUGGUGCGAAUUUCUGAGGAGAAGAAUGUCGCCAGGAACAGUGCAAUUCUCUGGACUACCGUGCAAUUUUCUCUCAUCGUCGGGGCUGCCUUCCUGAUUAUUGUUUUGCGCAGCGAGGAGCUUUCCAAAAGCUACCGCGUCAUCUACAUGGCGUGUGCCGUACUUGGGCUCGUUGGUGCCGGGAUUAUCGCGUUGAUGCCGACCCCGCAACUUCGCCGAGGCUCCUCAUCAAGUGACGCAUCAGCCGACUCGAACUUAUCCGUGCUGAAUGCUUUUGAAGACACCUUCCGACUCCUAAAAACCAAGGAAAUGAUGCUGCUCUGCGUGGUGUUCUUUUUCAACGGCUUCCAAACCGUGUUUUUUGGCGCAAUGUACACCGCUUCUCUAGCUGCAACAACCCGCAUGGACAGUCACGAAAUUGCCAUCGCAUACGCAAUGUUGGCCAUUGGAGCUGGAGAAUUUUGCGCUGGCACAUUCUUCGGGAUUUCGGGCAACAGUCGUGGAUCGCAAUUCGGAAGAAAACGGGUGGCCGUUAUUGGGACGUGCUUGUUGCUAGUGGCAAAUAUUCUCUCGAUCAUCAAUUUGCCUCCCGAUGCGCCGCUUCAUGAGACGGAUAAUAUUGGGUUCAUCGAGCCUAGCCUCUGGAUCGCCCUUUUCGUCGCAUUCCUCCUCGGACUUGCCGAUUGUUGCUGGCAAACACAGACGUAUACAAUUCUGGGUGGAAUGUACAAAGAUGAGCAGUCACCGCCGGCUUUUGCCCUCUUCCGGUGCUUCCAGGCCCUCUCCACCAGCAUCGGUUGCUUCAUCGCCCCGCAAUUCGAGCUGUACUGGACGUUACUCAUGACGUCUUAUCGUGGAGGG